AUGCUCUUAAUAAAAGACUUAAAUUUUAAUUCCAUUUAUAAGGAUUUAAAAAACUAUCAGAAGUAAUAAAUAUUUGGAAGAUUUUUAUUCGCAGUAUCAUUCUAAGGAGUUUUUAUAAAAGAGACUUAAGAUAUUGAAUUGAUAGAGCGAUUAAAGAUUGCAAUUGUGGUAUUAACUUUAUAAAAUGAAGGUUAGCUUGAAGAAAUGGAUUAGAGGAAUAAACAAUUGAUGAUUGAAGUAAAAAUAUUGAAAAUAAUUCCAAAGAGAUGA